AAAGAGUAGGUCUUGUCGGGCUAAGCCUCACUAAGCAGCUAUCAGUCAGUCUCUAAACUUGAACUCAAUCGUUUGGCUUGUCUCUCGGCUAGAUCUUCGCUGACUCUAAAAAAACGCCUCUUCAGCAAACCACAAUCUUCCAAAAACCCAAAAUGAUGGAUUUUCUAGUCAAAACAUCUUUGUUUUUGAUACUUUUGAUGGUGAUAACGAUGGAGAAUGCGUCUUCUGAAAUGGUCUGUCAGGAUAUCUUAGAAGAAAAACUGUGCGAUGCUCAAGUUCAAGUUGAUAAAUCGCAAUGCAAUGAGGUGCCAUGGAAUUCAAAAUGCCGUAAAACAUGUGGAAGAUGCGAUGAAUGUUACGAUGCAGAGAGCAUGAUGACGUGUGAUUCCCAAAAAGACAGAUGUGACGAGAUUAAUGUUGCUCAUGAAUGCAGUCAAACCUGUGGUGUCCUUGGCUGCGAAAAGAAAACAAGGCGAGUCUAUCACAUGUCUUGACUGCUUAAUUAGCCCAAGUCAACCAAGAGCUUCCCCAAUGGCUAAAAAACGAGUUUACGUAGUGACGUAAUUAUACGCCAUAAUUGAUCAAUUUUUGUUCAUAUAGUCUAACUUAUUGCCUGCGUGCAGCCGAACCUUUCUCUCGUAUAGUACAUAGUACUUAACAGUUAGUUAGAGGCCGGCUGCACGCAGGCUAUCUAACUUAUUAUAGAGACAACGUCUGUAUUAUCAAUCUAGUAAAUACAUGGAAAUAAAAACCUCUGGAAUUUAAAUUGAA